AUGGAGCGGCCAUACAGCCACACCGACCCGUCUCCGCCACGGACAGGCGAGUGGGACACACCCACGAACCGCCGUUUGACUCGCUCGGACUGGACAGCGACUUCAUCAGUUCCGACGAGGGGCGGAGGAAGUAGAGCGGGAGAGCUGGUCAGGGCGUCUGAUGUCAAGCCUGUACUGUCGAAUCUCAAGCAAGAGGUCUUGCCCGAAGACGAAUACAUCGAGCACCUCUCGGCUAUCAUCAAGCGCGACUUCUUUCCGCAUUUGCAGACGCUCGAGACGCGGAAUGAGGUGCUUGCGGCGCUCGAGAGCGAGGACUUGGAGCGGAUCGAGGACAGUGUGAGGCGGAUGCGCGAGGAGAGAGCGUAUGGGCGGACCCCGACGCCGAGACGAAGAGCGAGAGACGCGACUCCCGGCCGGACACCUUUCUCUUCUGCCGAUCCAUCCGCCACGCCUACCUUCUUCGACCAAACCCCCCUCACGACGUCCUCUACGCCUGCUGCACGACCCUCCUCUUCCCGCGGAGCUCCCGCCCCUCCUCGCAUCGACCCCUCCCUCUCCCUCGACGCCUUCCAAUCCCGCUACACCUCCGAAGACAACUCGUCUUUCCAAGAUCUACUCGUCGUCGAUAACGAACAACGACGGGAUAAGCAUGCUUGGGCGUGGCAUGCGGAAAAGAAGGCGAAUGUGAAGGCUGUGAGGGGAAGACAGGCGAGGGAACGGUUGGUUGAUGUCACGAAGCGGAUGAUCGAGUCGAGUGGGGAUGGGACGGUGAGGUUGCUGGAUGGACCGGCGGGCAAGCCGGGCGAGAAACGGUUGCUGGUCGACGAAGGCGUUGAAGUCGGGACGAGCGAGAGGUUAAUGAUCAAGGGUCGGGACGAGAAGGAGCGGCUGCUCAUCACCGACAGGAAGGGUACGACGGAGUUGUCGAUCAAGGGAAAGGCGCGAGAGGUGGUUGACGAGCGGGCGAAGCAGUUUGUCGACUGGGACAAGCCGACGGUUGAAGAGGAUGAGGCGAACAAGCCAAUCCCGGAAGACGAGCUGCAGGUGCAGACGUCUGCGUGGCCGUUCAAGAACCGCAACUCGCUCAUGUUCCCGCCCGACGCCGACCGCAACAACCCCUCUUCCCUUCCUCCCGACGCACCCAUCGCCUCAUCCUCAGCCUCGCCAUCCCACUCAGCGAACGCACAACCAGUCCUCGUUGGCGAACCGAAGGGAAUUCGCCAUCAUGCGACGAGAAUGGCGGAACUUGAGCGAGGGAGGAGGAGCGGAGCGAGCGAUGCGAGUAGCGACAUCAGCGCGAGCCCAAGCAGGAGUCGGAUCGGUGCGGCGAUCGCAGGAACGCCUUACCCCGCUCCUCCCGCUUCGCAGACCCCUCGCGUCUCGGGCUUCUCCUUCGUCGACGCUCUCCCCUCACACUCGUCCUCCUCCCUCCCCGCCCAAGCCCUGCAGGAACUCAUGACCUGGGGCACGAUCGAAGCGACGCCCGUCACGCUCCGCACCUCAGGUGACGACAUGAGUGUCGGUCCUUUCCGCGUGCGCGAAGCGGAUAGGAGGGAAGAGUUGGCGCAUAAGAUGGCGAGGAAGGCGAAGAGGAGUUUGGCGGGUAGUGGGAGAGAGGGCGUUGCGGCUGGCGCGGGUGGUGGUGGGUCGACGAGUCUGAGGAGGUCGGCGAUCGAGGCGUCGGUGAGAGGAGGAGCAACGCCAGGAGGAGCGACGCCGAGAAGGUCGACGACGGACCUCUCGCCUGCUGCGCGGUCGUUGCUGGGUCGGACCAAGCCGGGCAAGGCGCUCGAGGGCGGGCUGGCGAGGGAGAAGCAGUGGAGCGAGGAUGAGGAGCGCCGACGACUUGAGCGGGCGAGACAGCGCGCAAGGGAGGUCGAGAGUCGGGACAGGCUCAGGAGGGAGAGGUGGACGCCCUCGCCUGCCGUCAGUCUCGGCUUCGACCCGGACCUCCCCUAG